GCCAAAGGAAAUUGAAGGUCUUGCCUUCCUCCACGUCUCUUUGCUUCCAACUGCCGCCCGAAGAGCGAACGAGUGAGUCGGGCCGAAAUAAUGACGGUGAAGGCAGCGAUUACGGCUCUGUGUAAGAUAUUGGAGGGGACCGGGGCCGGAACCGCCAUUUCCCUCAGCCCGGAGACUUUUCGUCAGGCCAAGUUCGAUAGGAAGGAGGUGACGUCUGAGUUUUGGAAGUUGCUGUAUUAUCUCCUGAAACUGUUCGGUGAAAAUGAGAGGUGUCCAGUCAUAGAUCUGGCUCACCAUAUUAAGUAUGUGAAAGCUGCUGUUUCUUACUAUGGUUAUGGGUUCUUGGACUUCUACCAGCUUCCUGCUGAUGGCUCACGAGGCAGCCGAGAUCUUCUCCUGGUCUUCUCUUGGCUACUCCAGAAGACCCACCUGUUGGAGGAGCUGCUGGACCGGCAGAGGCUGCAUGUGGAGGAUCAGGUGUCGCUCUGCAUGUGCAAACAGACUGGUGUGGUAAAGCCCCCUGAGACAUCGGACAGUCAAGAAGGCAUGCAUGCUGUGGGGAUGGAUGUGCGCUACCUGCAAUGUUUACACGGGAAACUGCGAUUCCGCUGGAAGAGUCUUCACAGUGCCCUGCAGGAGAGGUGUGCUAUCCUCUACAAGAUACACUCGAACACCAGAGGAUGCCACAACGGACAAAGCAUCGAUCACUUGUCUGCAACAGAAAUGCGUCUAAUCCAAGAUCCUGUGCAAUGCAAUGAGUUUAUACAGCUGCUGGAGCAGGAGAACACGCGGCUGGAGGCGUACCUGGACUGGAAGCAGUUGGAGCCCUUCUUUUGGCAGUGGAUGGAAAGUGUACUGACUGCUAAGCUGCAGGAUGCCCAGGACUCAGUGAAGGCAAAUGAUACAAAGGCCAUCGAAUGCUUCCUGCACCAGUCAGGCGAUCAUGGUGAUCCUGUCAUCUUCAGAGAAAUGGAUAAGCUUUCUAGUGAGAUCCUGAAGUUGCAGAUGAAGCUGCAAAGCAGGAAAAAGACCAAGGUUAAAAUGACUGAUGCCCAGGAGCGAAGGAGUCAAUUUCCCACUAGAAGGCUUGAGUCAGUUUUCCUGAUGUGGAAUGAUGUGGAAAAGAAGCUGGGAGAACUUCAAGCCAGAGUUAACCACCAGCGGAGAAGACACGGCCAUGUCAGGUUGGCUCUGAGAUCCCCUUCACAGUUUCCUUCUGCAAAGCAAGACAGUGGGAGUCUCUCGGCUUCGAAGGUGAUCACAGAGCUAAAAACUGAGGAGACUGCAUUAAGGAGAGAACUGCAGGAAAUGCAGCAGCUUUGCAGAGAGUCCCUUGCAGAAGUUGUGGAGAGGCAGGAUGGUGUGAUAUGCCUACCUCCUAUGCAGCGAGGAAACACCGGUAAUCAAUAGGUUGUUGCUGGAACUGUCAUUAUUAGGGUCUUUCUGAUUGCUGCACUCACCCAGAGGGAUUUAUCGUCUACAGUAGAUUCAGAAUUAGUGUGGUGAGAUGUACCGGCCACUGACCUUGUCUGUACUGUUGAAACAUUACUAUGAAGAUGAAGCAGGAAGAUUACCUUGAGUGUUGUUCCUUCCACAUCACAUCCAUAGGCUGACAGUGCAGCGGUGUUAACACCCUUGGGUCGAUGGCCAGUCUCUUUCAGUUUCAGGAAUCUCUGGCGCAUGGGAGAUCUGGAAAAGCAUUUUCCCUGACAGGACAAACUUCACUGUGGUUCAAGCACUUUAGAAUCGCUCAGUUUUGCUCUGAAUUUAACCUCUUAUUCACAGUUAAUAUUGGGAUCUUCCUACUGCAUGGAAGUUUGUCAUUGGAUUUGCCUCCUGUUUGCACUAGGAAUGAAAGCAACCCGUUCUCUCCACCUGCUCUGGCAUUCGGAGCUUUUCUGUUUGCUGCCUCCAUGUGGCUGCCUUCGCCCCAUCGCCGUCUUCAGUACCCUAACCACAAUCAGUCUACAUUACUUAUUCAGGCACCUGUAACCACUGUUUAACAUCUUUAGCCAGCAUCAGGCAACAUUCAUUCAUUGUGACCAUAAUCAAUAAAAAUGUGUUGUUUAUAAAUAUAAUAUAUUGUUGGAAACAUUCAUGUACAGUUUAAAAAAAAGUCCUCAAUUCAAAUUUAUAUGUGUCUCAAGUCAGGUAAACAGCAUCUGUGUGAAUAACUCAAUGGAGAAAUCAUCACGGACCUCUGAGGUUUGAUUUUAUUUGUAUUUUUUUUAUUGAGGCAGCACAGAACAGGCCCUUCCAGCCUUCGAGCUGCACUGCAACAAAUCACUGAUAUAACCCCAGGACAAUUUACAAUGAUUGAUCAAUUAACCUACUAACCAGUAAGUCUUCGGACUGUGGAAAGAAAGUGGAGCACCCCGAGAAAACCACAGGGAGGACUUUUAAACUCCUUACAGAUAACAUUGGAAUUGCUCUGAGCUCUGAUGCGGUACCGUGAUAUGCUGUGAAUCAGGCAGAGGUGAAGAGGAAUCCCAUUACAAGUUCUGAUGAAGGGUCUGGGUGUGUUGUAUCCUAGUUUUCUGAUGACGGAAAGCUAGUGUGAGGGAAACAAAGUAACACACACAAGACAUAGCAGAGAUUUAGCCAGUCAGGCAGCAUCUGUGGAGGGAAAUGGACAGUGGAGAUUUUGGGCUAAGACCCUUCAUUGGAAAGAGAGGAGAUAACCAGUGUAAAAAGAUGACAGGAAGGAAUGAAGCAAGGUGCUGGGUGGAACUAAGUCUUUGAAAGGAUCUAAAUGGGCAAGACUAUAUAGCAUUUGGAGUAAAAUAGGGAGAAACAGGAGACUUACCAUUUUGUAGGAAAACAUUAUAAUAUUUAAAUGCCAUGAUCAUCAAAAACCUGGAUUGGGAUGUGCAACCCCUGGAAGUGCACAUCACACACAACCUCUCCCUGUCCCAGAACACAUCCUACAUAAUCAGGAAAGUUCACCUAUGCCUCUACUUUCUGAGCAGGCUGAAGAGAGCUGAACUUUGUAUAUUUAUAAUCAUGUCAUUGUACAUUGCACAGUAGAAGGACCAAUUCUUUUUACAUUAUAGGUCAAUGAUUUCAACAAUGGAAUUGAUUGCUUUGUUGCAAUGUUUGCAGAUGCUAUGAAAAUAGAUGGAGUGACAGGUAGUUUUGAGAAAGUAGGCUACAGAAGGACUCAGAUUAGGAGAAUGGGCAAAGAAAUGGCAGAUGGAAUACAGAGUCAGGAAGUGCUGGUCAGGCACUUUGGCAAAAGGAAUAAAAGGGUUGACUAUUUUCUAAAUGGAAAGAAAAUUCAAGAAUCUAAAGUGCAACGGGACUUGGGAGUCCUUGUGCAGGAUUCCUAAAUGUUAACUUGGAGGUUGAGUGUGUGGUGAGAAGGCAAAUGUGAUGUUAGCUUUCAUUUCAAGAGGUCUAGAA